AUGGAUAAACACUGUGCUGAAGCUACAUCUGACUGGAUGGCCAAGAAGCCGGUUUGUGUACUAAGAGAUCAUCCUAAUAUGACUAGCAAAGGUGUAAAGGUAGAGUUGAGGAAGUGUGGUGUGAAGCCAAGUAAAAUGCAGGUUUUUAGAGCUAAGAACAAAGCACCAGCUAAGAUAGAAGGCACACAUGCUGAAUCUUAUUCUAAAAUUCCAAGAUAUGCUGAACUGUUAAGGAAUAAUAAUCCCAACAAUAUUUGCAAAAUACAUUAUGAUAGGCCAAAUCUUUUAGUUGAGCCUAAAUUUUUAAGAAUAUUUAUUAGCAUUAGAGCUCAAAAGUUGGGGUUCGUGGAAGGUUGUAGGCCUUUUAUAGGGUUUGAUGGAUGUUUCUUUAAGGGUCCAUCUGGAGGUGUACUUCUCAUAGCAGUUGCUUUGGAUGCAAACAACAGCAUAUUUUCAAUAGUCUUUGCUGUAACUAAAUGUGAGAACAAGGAAACAUGGAGGUGGUUCUUCUACUACUUUCAAGAGUUCUUUGGACCAUUUGACAACAACAUCCCUUUAACCUUCAUGAGUGAUAGGCAGAAAGGAUUGAAUCUUGCUUAUGAGGAGAUAUUUCCAGAUGCAACUGGAAGGCACUGUUGUAGGCAUAUAUGCAGCAAUUUCAAGGCUCAAUUUCUAGAUAUCUUAGCAGUUUCUAUUGGAAGGCAACUAAAAGUUAUGAUGUAG